GUCUGUUAUGAUUUGACUUAAAUGACUCCUAAGCGUUAGGGUUCGGUUCCUUCUUCCUUUUGUCAAACGUUUCUCAAUCAUCCCCACCAUUGACUACAUCUCUAAAUCCUUCUUCAUUGGCCUGCUCAUCCCCAAACGAAUCUAACAUUCUCCGAGCUUCCAUUUCCUCUUGUGCCGUUUGCUGAGUUUGAUACUUUUUUCCUCGGUGAUGUGUUAAACAAGAAACAGUCACCUCUUCUUGAUGCAGUUUUGAAUUCCACAACGCAUUUUGGAGUUUUAUUUUGGUUUAGGUCAGCAUCAGAACGAUGCAUCCAGGCUGCAAAAAGCUUCUGCUGCUUCUUUUCUUAUUUUCCUCUGUAUACAUUGCCAACACUGAGACCUCUCAUAAAGCAAGAGCUUCUCCUGAUGGGGACUUGGGGAGAAACGUUAUAAUAGACGGAAGCGGUUUAGAGAAAACUUUACAUGACAUUGGAAUGGGUGAGAAGAGAGGCAGCAAAGUCUCAGUCUCAGUCUCUACAGUUGUGUUGUUCACCUUGGCGAUGGCUGCUGCCACCGGGUUAGGCGCGGUGCCCUUCUUCUUCGUCGAGCUCGAUCCUCAAUGGGCGGGAAUAUGCAACGGCAUGGCUGCCGGUGUGAUGCUGGCCGCUAGCUUUGAUCUUGUAAAAGAAGGGCAAGAGCAUGGUGGUUCUGGUAACUGGGUUGUUACUGGGAUUCUAGCCGGUGGGUUGUUCAUCUGGCUCUGCAAACAGUUUCUCGAACAAUACGGUGAGGUUAGCAUGCUGGAUAUCAAAGGAGCAGACGCAGCGAAAGUGGUUCUCGUCAUAGGGAUCAUGACGCUUCAUUCAUUCGGGGAAGGGUCAGGCGUUGGUGUAUCCUUUGCUGGCUCGAAGGGAUUUAGCCAAGGGCUUCUGAUCACUUUGGCGAUAGCCGUUCAUAACAUUCCAGAAGGUUUAGCUGUUAGCAUGGUGCUGACGUCAAGGGGUGUAUCUCCACAGAACGCCAUGCUCUGGAGUAUCAUCACAUCUUUGCCUCAGCCUCUUGUUGCUGUGCCUGCUUUUUUAUGUGCUGAUGCGUUUAGCAAGUUCUUGCCCUUUUGUACUGGGUUUGCUGCUGGGUGUAUGGUUUGGAUGGUUAUUGCUGAAGUGCUUCCUGAUGCAUUCAAGGAAGCGUCUCCGUCGCAAGUAGCGUCUGCAGCGACGAUAUCAGUAGCGUCCAUGGAAGCUUUCAGCACUCUUUUCGAGAGUUUCACUCAUGAUUACAACUCAGAGGAUGCUUCUGGCUUCUUUGUUUCACUCCUCUUUGGUCUAGGCCCAUUGCUUGGGGGAGUGUUUCUGGUUGCAUCGGCACUCACCUUCCGUCUACAGCACGCUCUCCUCAUGGGAGUAGCCUCAGGGAUUGCCUUUGUCCUCGGUCUCUGGCGUCCGCUUCAACUUCUCAUAUCUGCAAAAAUGGGAUUCAUCCCUCUGGUUACUCUACUCGCGGUCGGAGCGGGGCUGAGCCAUUUCACGAGCUCAGCCAUCACUUCUCGGAAGAAGUCUCGAGCUGGCAGUUUAAUCACCUCAGCAACCAAUUUUCCAACGAGUAUGAUAACGCUCCAGUCACUAUUAGCGUGUGGAGCGGUUGGUUUCCACGCAUUAGCGGAAGGGCUUGCUCUCGGAGUCGCUGCUCCAAAGGCUUAUGGUCUAGGGAGACACAUGGUGCUCCCAGUUUCCUUACACGGGCUGCCAAGAGGGACAGCGGUUGCAAGCUGCGUUUUCGGUGCUACGGACAGCUGGCACGCAGCUCUUGCGGCUGCAGCUUUGGUUGGGUUCGUGGGACCUGUGUCAGCCAUAGGAUCGAUACUAGCCGGGAUAGAUUACAGUGGGCUUGACCACGUGAUGAUGGUGGCGUGCGGUGGAUUGCUGCCUAGCUACUGGCAGGUGGUGAAGAGAGCGGUGAAGUUGGAGAGGAAGAAAGGGAGUGUGGGGAUGGUGCUGGGAGUGGCGUGUGCGGUUGUGUGUCUGACUUUUACUAGACUGGUGUGCUUGCACACGCCUUACUGCAAUUCUGCACCUGAGGCUGUUAGAUGAGUGAUUCAUGAAAGCUAGAUAGAGCCAUCUCUUGUGGAUUCUCUUCUUCUUCUUUUUCUUUUAUGUUGUAAGAUAUAUGUUUUCUUUGUGAAUAAACCACAUUAAGAGAAACUCAUUAGUUUUAGCA